GGACCCUCCCCCAACCCUGUAGUCUCAGCUUCUGGUUGCCUUCUCAGCCCUGUGUCCCACUUGGCUCAGGACACUGGGGGUUCUACAGGUACAUCUGUUCCUGAGGCCUCACCUUCACAAUGACAGAGGAAGGCAUCUGCCCCAGAACUUUACUGGGAUUUCUGGAGAAGACUUGUACCCGAACAGGCAGGGCAGAAUUCGAGGAAGAUCCCAAAGGCAAAGGCAAAUGGAUCCAGGGAGCUGUGGAGAUUUUGAGGAAACAAAGAAACAUCAUCAACAAAAUGGGGGAAGCCAAUUCACUGGGUGGAAUUGCUCCCACUCAUCUCCCUAUGUCCAACAUCCCUCAUGAGAAUGUGUAUCACUGGAAUUUCGAAACAGAUGAGGUUCCUCAUGAAAGAAAAAACCUCCCACCUGGAAAAAAGGGUACAGCCCGUAGCAAGCUGAAAAAGUGUCCCUCAGCAAUUCCAGUAGAACAAAUGAAAGAUUUUAAUUUGUCAGAGAACUCACAGAAAAGUUCACAGAAGGAUAGUAAAGAAGAGAAGUUUCAAUUCUGCAGAUACCCUCAUAAUGAAGCAUUAAGUAUGGAGGAGAAGGAGUUCCAAAAAUCUUCCAUGGAAACUGGCUUUAAUGAAAAUAAUAAUAGUCUAAGGCUUUUAAUUUGUAACCACCCAUUAACAGAUCCUUCUUUAGUUGACAGACAAGCUGGUUCUUGUCCUGGAUUGCAAAGAGAGAUGCCAUUAAAUCACCACUGGCCUGAUGGAGACUUUUGUAAAGGCAGAAGUGAACCUCAGAGUAACUCAUCUUCAGCUCAAGAAAGCAAUAAUAGGGAAACUUUAUCCUUUUCAAAUUGCAGAGCAAAAUAUGGGAACAGAAACAUAGAAGGAAAUCUAACUGAUGAAAGUGAUUUGUCAGAGGAUGAAAAUGUAAAUAAUACAUUACUCUCUUACUUUAAAAAAAUGGAUCUGAAUUUAAAGCCAGAAGUAAUAGAAGACGUAGAAGAUGUAGAAGAACUUUCCUCGGAUCAGCCAAGUGAAGUAUUUCCAUAUCCUGAUUUUCUCCCACCACCUUUUAAUACUAUAGACUUGCACAAACUGGCCUUAUCAAAAUCUGAGAACUGGAAAUUGAUAUUAGAUCCUGUGGAACACUCCACUGAACAGUUGAUAAGUCGUUUAUUGGAGCUGGAAAGAAUACAACACCUGACCAUACUAAAGGAGAGGCCAGAUGCCAGUUAACUUGCUCCAAUCCAUUUGUUCCUGAAUAACCCAUUUCCUCCAAAGGCAGAUCCAAACAGAAGCCAUCAAAAUAUCCAGGGUCUUUGCAUAGAUAAACAUGAUGGAACAAAAAGAGAAAAACCAACCAACCAACAACAACAACAACAAAAACAAAACCUACUACUUCUUGUAAACUAGAGAAUAUUUCAAAAUGCACUGGAAAUCUUGAAUAUGAAGGUCAUAUAUCAUAAUUAAAUUCUGCUAAUUGUGAUUAUUUUUAAUGUUAUAUAAUGAGUCAAUGACAAGAAAUUUCAUCCAGAUAUCCUUCUAGUCCUCCCGCUACUCAAAUAACUCAUCCACUGGUUAGAAUGAUUUAAACAAGAUGUCUGCAGCCAAAGUCUUCAGUACUAGUAUCAUAACUUUUCUCUUUGAUUCCCUAAAACACAAAGGGAAUAAAUCAAGACGUGGGGCAGAAAGAAAAAAGGAAGAGGAGAAAAACAUUAAAAAACUUUUGUAGAGCUGUAAUAGACUAUUCCAUGUUUAAAAGGGGGAUUGUUUACUCAAUUUGCAAUGAGAUUUGAAAAGUGCUCAUACCCAAAUAAUUCUAUUUCUGUCAAAAUUCUCAUUGAUGUGGUUCAUGAAACAAGUUGAAAUAUGAUUUAUUGUUCCCAUUACAGGUAUGAAAGACAAAACAAAGCAAAACAAACUAGAUUACUUGAAGUGAUGUGAUAAAAUUUUGUGAAAAAUUAUCACGUUGUACUUAAUAUAAUUCUUAGAGCAUUUGUCACAACAUAUUGGUAAACCUGUUGUGUUUCAUCACAAAGAAAUAUUUCAUUGAAUAAACAAAUUCUAAAGACUGCAA